AUGUCUAACACGCUGCAAUCCCCUUCCCGCCUGGGGCUACAGCUCCAAGACUAUGACCAGGUCAUUGCUCUAUCUCAGGGUAACAUCAAUGAGACCUUGGCACUUCAUUUCAUGCGUAACGAGAGACUCAAGGAGUUCAAAGCCAUGUUUCCAACAUAUGGACUCAAAGGAACAUUGUCGUCGCCUUCGGUGCACUUGAUCGACAAGGAGAACGCUGAUCAGGCCAUCUUCUACCUCAAUUUCGAAAGCGGGACGUAUUACUACUUCGAGCAGCCCGGUAGUACGCCCCAGUACGAUGAAGAUGGCUUCCCCCUGCCAGUUGGACCACCGACGCGUGUCAAGGUUGAUGUAUCUGACUGGUCCCUGGCGUUCUUUGUGGACUUUUCCUUCAAGAAAAUGGCUAUUAUUCCAGAUAAGAUUAGGAACGCAAUUGAGCUUCCAGGAUCUUACAGCGUGAAUCAGCUGCUGAUCGACUUUGGAACUCCUGAAAUUCUCAAUAUUGCUUGGGAUCACUGCAGUAUCCCAGGCGUGCCAGAAGCUCAAAAGGCUACAUGCCGGGCAGAGAUACGCAUGUUUCUAAUUACGCAUUUGGAAUCAGUCCUUCUGAAGGAGAAUGAUCACAACAUCCUUGGCUACACUGUGAAGAUAGAUGCUCCAUCCGACGGAAAGACGCCAGAACAACGUCUCAAGGACGUGUCUCAGAAAGCUCCCCAUUUUCCUCCCACCUCAGUCAGGCUGCAGACCAUCAAUUAUCGACCUGAUGGGAAAGAGGUCCUGGCCGGAGGUGAACAGAGCGACCAUAACGCGUUUCUCUUUACUGAAAUGACACAGUUCCGAAAGAUGCCCAGUCAAGACCUUCAGUGGUCAGGCGAUUGGUUCUACAACGGAAUUGGCGGUACCUUGGCAAUGUCGCGAGGAAUCUUCCUUGACCAGUACCUAGCUGAGAAGCUCCAGCCUGCUAUCGCUGGUCCUUGGAAAAUGGCCAAUCACAUUGGAAACACCUGCACCGAGUUCAGUGAUUACAUCCUCAAGUACCAAUUCAGGGGCGACGAGGAGUGGAUCUUGAAGAGGCCGCAGGACGCGAGCUUGAACUUGAAGAGAGGUGCUGGGGUUCAGAUGACAUACCAUGACGUGGACGAAAACUCUGCGCAAUGGGAAGAUGAUAAAUCCGAAAGUGUCAAGUAUGUAGCUACGAAAGAACAUUACUGGUAUAACAAAGCUGAGCUCUCUUGUGUCGUCGAGCCGCAGGUUGGUACUGGCAAGGUCACAAUAACGACAGAGCUCAAAACAGAUACCCAACGUACAGUCAAAUCCAAAGUUGGAUCAUCAGAUCUCCAGCUUGUAUGCAAGAUCCAAUGGAGCACCACCAUCGAGCUAAGAGCGAUUGAGACAGAUGCAAAAUUGCUAGUCCGAGUCGAAUCAAAGAAGCCAAUUGUCGAUGUCGACAUUGUCAAGGAUACUGCCCAUGUUGACGGCACAGGGGCGGCAGCUGAGGAGUGGGAGAAAUGGAUACAAGAAAUGGCGGAAGAUAGGAAGAAGUGGCCUUUAAAAAAGCGAAUUGAAAGUUAUAUUGAGACGUAUGGGCUUCGGUUAGGGAGCAUGGCGCAUAAUUUGGAGGAGGCGUUGAAUCAGCAGGGGCGGUUUAUCUUUCCGGGCGGUGGAACCUUUGAUAUGAAAGAUCCAAUCUUUUCGAAGGAGGGAGAUUUACUGAUAGGACUCACUUUCAGAGAGGGAGAAUAA